GGAUAAAUUUAUUUGACUUAUUUUACUCAACAUAUAAAAUAAAAUUUAAUGUAUGAAUAAAGGUUAACAUGGCGGUUAAAAUAAGAUUGGCAAGGUUUGGAGCAAAAAAGCGUCCUUUUUAUAGAAUUAUUGUUGCUGACUCGCGAUCACCAAGAGAUGGGCGUUUUAUUGAAAGAAUAGGACAAUAUGAUCCUAUGUUGCCAAAAGAUAAUAAGAACCGGGUUGUGGUAAAAGCUAACAGGUUAAAAUAUUGGUUAAGUGUGGGUGCACAAGCAACUGAUAGAAUUUUAUGGUUUAUCAAAAAGGAUAUAAUACAUUCAGAAGUAGAAGAGAACAAGGUAUAAGAAAAAUUUCUCGAUACUAACUUAUGCAGAAUCUAGAUAGCAUUAUAUCUUCGGAUUUACUUAUAAUGGAAGAUUUUAUCUUUAAUAAGAUUGAUAUCAGCAAUAAACAAGUUUCA